CGAACGCAACCUCGAAGAGCACCAUGCCCAAGUUCACUCCCCUGGAUCAUGAAACCGCUCGCAUCAUCGCCACAGUGCCUCACGCCGUCGAGCAUCUCCGGCAGAUGAAUACAAACAUCGAGCGGGCCCUGGACGCACUGGAGGAACUCAAGGGCUCGCCACGUCCGGCCCCCAAGAACAUGACCCCGGGUCAGAUAUCUCAUCCCCGUGUCUGCUCAGCUGCACGUACUCUGGCUCGAGUCUGUGGCGUCUCCGCCGUCCUCAUCGAUGAGUUGCUCAGCCACACGCCAGAUGGCGAUCAAGUCAAGGAGUUGAAGUUGUGCAUUGAAGGAAUAUUUAAUAACCUCAGUCUCACUCACCAUGCCCUUGCACAACUCGAAUUGGAUGCGGAGCGCCAUGGCUACUGUGCCAUCCCUGAGGAAUUCCUAGGUGGACCGAAGGCGAAGUUUAUCUCAAACGCGUACCUUCGUGCGGUUAACCCGGCUUGGAAAGAGCGUGGGGUUCGGGAUCCUCUCAUGGUCCCAACAUGCUGGGUUGGGAUUGCGGCAUAUGAUAGGCCAUGCUAUCCCGUCGUUGACUACACGAGAAAACGAAAGCGAGCAGAUGUCGAGGAUGUCGAGGAUGGCGAGGGAGAGCGAGAUGGGUAGUUUGCCAGGCCGGGUUGGUUCAGAAAAGUCGUUCUUGAGCACCUGUAUAUUGCGACGCACUUCAGCAAAUACGGAGGGCAAUUUGACAUGCAGAGAAUGCGUACUAUUGCA